AUGAGCGGCACCACCCACCAAAAGACGGCCAUUGUCGUAGGCGCUGGAGCUGGAGGAGUCUCGACGGCCGCGCGAUUGGCCAAGGCGGGAUUCAAGGUCACUGUGCUUGAGAAGAACGACUUUACCGGAGGUCGCUGCUCCCUCCUACAUCAUGAGGGCUGGACAUUCACCGACCUCGAUACAAGUCUGGAAGCCGAAGGAGUACACAUAGUCAAAUGCGAGCCAAAUUACAACAUGUGGUUCGGCGAUGGCGAGAAGUUCCAGCUCUCCACCGAUCUGGUUCUGAUGAAGGAACAGGUUGAAAAGUGGGAAGGCAAGGACGGAUACUCAAGAUACCUCUCGUUCCUCCGAGAAGCUCACAACCACUACGAACUCAGUGUCGAGCAUGUGCUGUCGCGCAACUUCACCAGCAUUACCUCCAUGCUGCGACCUAGUUUCCUCAGCCGUGUCUUCGAACUACACCCCUUCGAAAGCAUUUAUAGUCGCGCUUCAAAGUACUUCUGGACCGAGAGACUACGCCGCGUUUUCACCUUUGCGAGCAUGUAUAUGGGCAUGAGUCCCUUCGAUGCUCCUGGAACAUACAGUCUCUUGCAGUAUACCGAACUGACCGAAGGCAUCUGCGUUUUCCAUGCUAACAUGCUUGCGCAGGUCAUUGAGGCACUGGUCAAGGUUGGUGAGCGUCUAGGCGUGACCUACAGACUUUCGACCCCAAUAUCCAAGAUCACUCUCUCCNCUGAUGGUCGACGAGCUACUGGAGUUGUUCUUGCUAAUGGCGAGACUCUGACCGCCGAUGUUGUGGUUAACAAUACCGAUCUAGUUUAUGCGUACAACAAUUUCUUGCCUCCUACGCCUUACGCAGAGUCAUUGGCCAAUCGCGAAACAUCCUGCAGCAGUAUAUCCUUCUACUGGGCAUUGGACCGCAAGUUGCCAGAACUCAACGCCCACAACAUCUUCUUGGCGGAUGAAUAUAAGGAGAGUUUCGAUUCCAUCUUCAAAAAGAAUCUGAUUCCGAACGAACCCAGCUUCUAUGUCAAUAUUCCUAGCCGACCGGACCCCACAGCUGCUCCUGAAGGCAAGGAAGCCGUCGUCGUGUUAGUGCCGGUUGGACAUCUCCUUGGCGACCAUGAGAACCCUACAAAAGCUGUCACAGCCUCGGACAAGGAUAUUCAACAGAGCAGUGCCAACGGAAAGAUGACGAACUCGAAAUCCGCAGAAGGCAUCAAACCAGCUGAAACUCAAGACUGGCGCAAGAUGAUUGAACUCGCACGCAAGACAAUUCUCACUACCAUCGCUAAACGCACCGGCGUUGAUAUUGAGCCACUGAUUGUCCAUGAGAUUACAAAUGAUCCCAUCACCUGGCGUGAAUCUUUCAACCUUGAUCGUGGAGCUAUCCUGGGAUUGUCGCACUCGUUCUUCAACGUGUUGUCAUUCAGACCAGCCACGCGUGCAAGACGAGGUGGUUGGCUGGAUGGUCGCUUUGGCGNNGGGGGCAUUGUUGGCAGAAUCGGCGAGCUUCUCUUCAGUGGAGGCAGCAUUGAGCGUCUGUACAUGGUUGGCGCCAGCGCUCAUCCUGGCACAGGUGUACCAAUCGUGCUAGCAGGUGGCCGGUUGGUUGCGGAACAGAUAUGUCAGGAUCUCGGUGUAGAGAUUCCAUGGCAAACCGGAUCCACCAAGACUGAGCGAACUGGCGUCUUGGAUCAAGUUCAGACUUCCCUCACGCUUGAGUGGAUUGUCUACAUGCUCCUUGCAUUGCUUGUGCUUGCUCUUGGUAUCCUCCUUGGUAAGCAAACUUGA